AUGUCAAAGGUUAUUGCCGCGCUGCUCAUAACCCAGGUGGCGCGCGCGCUCUGCCUCAGGGUGUCUGGAGGCGCACAGCAGCAGCGCGCAGGCGCUUUCGUGCUGCCUUCCACGGCUAUUCACGCCGAGCCGGCGCCCAAAAGGCCGUUACGACACGGCGCGGAGGCGGUGUCCUCGUCGAACGAACCGCUGCCGCCGGUCAAGGCCUACGUGCCGCCACUCGCGCCGGGCGACCUCAAGUACAUGAACCAGACGCUGCACGGCGAUUUCAGACCCGCCAACAACUACGUGCUGAUCGUCAAGCAGGAGGCUCAGGAGUACUCGGCCGGAGGCGUGUACAUCGGAAAGCAGCCAAACAAGGAAUUCGCCGGCCGGGUGCUGGCAGUGGGACCGGGAAGAGUGGUGCCGGAGACAGGUGCCGUCAUACCGAUGACCGUCAAGGUCGGGGACAUGGUGCUAUACGACCCGCCAACUGAGGAGCCAGUGGUUAGUGGGACCAGCCGCAGCCGUCAUCGACCGCAGAUCACGUACAAGAACCAGCAGUGCGUGAUGGUCACGGAGGACCAGAUAUACGCCCGGAUCGAAACUGACGGGCUUUCGCCGCGGCCGCUGAGCUCUGCAGACAUCAGGCCGCUAUCGGACAGGCUGCUGGUACGCAUCAUCGACAGCCCGAAGAAGACGCAGAGCGGACUCGUGCUCGCUCGCGCGAAUGAAACCGACGGCACCAUUUUCCGCGCAACAGUGAUAUCGGCAGGGCCAGGGGAGUACACGCAGGACGGCAAACUACUGCCGGUCACCGAGUUCAAGCCCGGAGACACCGUGCUCUUCUCCGACGCGGCGGCAGACGGCGGCGCCUUCGAUUUGCACCGCACCCAGCACGCCUUCGUCCGCCGUCGCGCGAUACUCGCGCGGGUGUGA